AUGGCAGCUUCAGCCAAUGUGGGCAGGUUGUUGGGGAUUGCGCUCUACUAUACUCGGAUAGCAGCCAAUGGACGUUAACACUGCUGCCUGCGUACUCCUUGUUACAAACACGUUCCCAGUUGUUCUCUCCUCUAUCCCUCCUUCAGCUUGCCAGAGGAUAAAGAUAUUCCUUCCCUCAUGCAUGUUGGCUUCCUUACUGUUGCGCUGGGCAAAGUCAGAGGGCUGUGAGUGAACGUGCUGAAUGAGUGAGUGUGCUGUAUCCAGGCAAACAGGAGACAGGAAAGCAGCCCCCAGUGUGAGACAGACUAGUAGUAGCAGAGAAAGGAGGAUAGAGGAGCUGAAGCACAACAGAGAGGUAUGUGUGCUAGGCAGCUGUGUGUGUGUGUGUGUGUGUGUGUGUGUGUGUGUGUGUGUGUGUGUCUGUGUGUGCCUGUGUGUGUGCGUGUGUGUGUGUGUGCCUGUGUGUGUGUGUGUGUGUGCCUGUGUAUGUGUGUGUGUGUGUGCCUGUGUAUGUGUAUGGGAAAGAGAGGAUAAUUAUGAAUGAAAGCUCUGCAAGUUGAUGUGUGUGUAUGCAUUGCUUUGUUCUCUGCAUGCUGUGUUGUAAUGAAGAGUAUAGGACCCAACAUUUGUUUUACUCCAGGGACUAAUGUUUAAGUGGAGCAAAACAAGAUUAGACAAAUCUCAAAUUAAGACGGUAGACUUGGCAUCUUUGUCAAACUAUACAAAGCUUGAGGAAUGGAUCAUUUUACAAUUUCUAGACACACUCAAAAAGGUUUUUCUAAAGAUGACACUACUCUGUUGACACAUUACAAGACCUGUUUUAGAACCUUAUCUAGUUACAGCACCGUAUCUUUCUCUCUCUCUCUCUCUCUCUCUCUCUCUCUCUCUCUCUCUCUCUCUCUCUCUCUCUUUCUCUUCUCUUUUCUCUCUUUCUCUCUCUUUCUCUCUCUUUCUCUCUCUUUCUCUCUCUCUCUCUCUCUCUCUCUCUCUCUCUCUCUCUCUCUCUCUCUCUCUCUAUCUCUCUCUCAUCGCUCUCUCUCUCUCUCUCUCUCUCUCUCUCUCUCAAUUCAAUUCAAUUUCAAUUUAAGGGCUUUAUUGGCAUGGGAAACGUAUGUUAACAUUGCCAAAGCAAGUGAAGUAGAUAGUAAACAAAAGUGAAAUAAAUAUUAACAGUAAAGAAUAAAGACAUUUCAAAUGUCAUAUUAUGUAUAUAUACAGUGUUGUAACAAUGUGCAAAUAGUUAAAGUACAAAUGGGAAAAUAAAUAAACAUAAAUACGGGUUGUAUUUACAAUGGUGUUUGUUCUUCACUGGUUGCCCUUUUCCUGUGAUGGCACACUGUGGUUUUUCACCCAGUAGAUAAGGGAGUUUAUCAAAAUUGGGUUUGUUUUCGAAUUCUUUGUGGAUCGCUGUAAUCUGAGGGAAAUAUGUGUCUCUAAUAUGGUCAUACAUUUGGCAGGAGGUUAGGAAGUGCAGCUCAGUUUCCACCUCAUUUUGUGGGCAGUGUGCACAUAGCCUGUCUUCUUUCUCAAUAGCAAGGCUAUGCUCACUGAGUCUGUACAUAGUCAAAGCUUUCCUUAAGUUUGGGUCAGUCACAGUGGUCAGGUAUUCUGCCACUGUGUACUCUCUGUUUAGGGCCAAAUAGCAUUCUAGUUUGCUCUGUUUUUUUGUUUGUUCUUUCCAAUGUGUCAAGUAAUUCUCUUUUUGUUUUCUCAUGAUUUGGUUGGGUCUAAUUGUGUUGUUGUUGUCCUGGGGUUCUGUGGGGUCUGUUUGUGUUUAUGAACAGAGCCCCAGGACCAUCUUACUUAGGGGACUCUUCUCUAAGUUCAUCUCUCUGUAGGUGAUGGCUUUGUUAUGGAAGGUUUGGGAAUCGCUUCCUUUUAAGUGGUUAUAGAAUUUAACGUCUCUUUUCUGGAUUUUGAUAAUUAGCGGGUAUUGGCCUAAUUCUGCUCUGCAUGCAUUAUUUGGUGUUUUACGUUGUACUCUCUCUCUCUCUCUCUCUCUCUCUCUCUCUCUCUCUCUCUCUCUCUCUCUCUCUCUCUCUCUCUCUCUCUCUCUCUGUCUCUCUCUCUCUCUGCACUUCAGUAUUACAAUGCCUGAAUAAUGUCAUAUCAACACUGAGAAUUGUCUUCCUGCUGGUUCAAUGCACAUUGUUAUCUCUCUCAUUGAAGGGACAGCUCUGCCAGCCAAGCCUGUGUGAAUCUGCUCUUAUUCUCUGCAGUCUCAGGGGAAGCACCUCACAUGUGUCUGGGAAGAAAUUGGCUUUAAGACUCAGAUUCCCUCUUUGGAUGAUUCGUGUAGUAAUAUUUUGUAUACAACCUUUUGAUUAUACCUGUUCAUCUGGAUGAUGAACUCUCUCCGUCCAAAGGUUAGUCUGAUUGACUGGGUCAUGCGCUCUCAGUCCUGCCUAGCUGACCGCUGUACCGAGGUAUGGGUGGGCUUUAGGCUGAAGUGAGUCAUUAGCUUCAUUGCUGCAGAGGUGACUGCUGUAGCAGUGUUUCAGUACAGGGAUAGUUCACCCAAAUAUAAUAAUAAAUUGACUUUGACACACAUACAUUUUUUGUUUUACCCCCUUUUUCGAUCUUGUCUUAUCGCUGCAACUCACCAAUUGGCUCAGGAGGCGAAUGUUGAGUCAUGCGUCCUCAGAAACAACGUUUCUUAACACCCGCCCGCUAAACCCGGAAGCCAGCCGCACCAAUGUGUCGGAGGAAACACCAUUCAACUGACGACUGAGGUCAGCCUGCAGGCGCCCGGCUCACCACAAGGAGUUGCUAGAGCGCGAUGAGCCAAGUAUAGCCCCCCUGGCCAAACCCUCCCCUAACGACGCUGGGCCAAUUGUGCGCCGCCCUAUGGGACUCCCGAUCACGGCCGGUUGUGACACAGCCCGGGAUUGAACCCGGGUCUUUAGUGACACCUGUAGCGCUGCGAUGCAGUGCCUUAGACUACUGCGCCACUCGGGAGGCCCACACACAUACAUUUUUAUAUGGAAAUAAAAUCAUCCAUUAUAAUAUUUUUCUCAAAAUAAUACAUGCAUCAAUCAGUACAUACACUACAUGACCAAAAGCAUUUGGACACCUGCUCGUCGAACAUCUCAUUCCAGCAUUAUGGGCAUUAAUGUGGAGUUGGUUCCCCUUUUGCUGCUAUAACAGCCUCCACUCUUCUGGGAAGGCUUUCCACUAGAUGUUGGAACAUUGCUGCCGGGACUUGCUUCCAUUCAGCCACAAGAGCAUUAGUGAGGUCGGGCACUGAUGUUGGGCGAUUAGGCCUGGCUCGCAGUCGGCGUCCCAAUUCAUCCCAAAGGUGUUCGAUGGGGUUGAGAUCAGGGCUCUGUGCAGGCCAGUCAAGUUCUUCCACACCAAUCUCGACAAACCAUUUCUGUAUGGACCUCACUUUGUGCGCAGGGGCAUUGUCAUGAUGAAACAGGAAAGGGCCUUCCCCAAACUGUUGCCACAAAGUUGGAAGCACAGAAUUGUCUAGAAUGUCAUUACAUGCUGUAGCGUUAAGAUUUCCCUUCACUGGAACUAAGGGGCCAAGCCCGAACCAUGAAAAACCACCCCAGACCAUUAUUCCUCCUCUACCAAACUUUACAGUUAGCACUAUGCAUUGGGGCAGGUAGCCUUCUCCUGGCAACUGCCAAACCCAGAUUCGUCCGUCGGACUGCCAGAUGGUGAAGCGUGAUUCAUCACUCCAGAGAACGCCAUGGAAACCCAUUUCAUGAAGCUCCCGACGAACAGUUCUUGUGCUGACGUUACUUCCAGAGGCAAUAUGGAACUCUGUAGUGAGUGUUGUAACCGAGGACAGAUGAUUUUUAUGCGCAACCCGCUUCAGCAUUCGGCGGUCUCGUUCUGUGAGCUUGUGUGGCCUACCACUUCGCGGCUGAGCCGUUGUUGCUCCUAGACAUUUCUACUUCACAAUAACAGCACUUACAGUUGACCGGGGCAACUCUAGCAGGGCAGACAUUUGACGAACUGACUUGUUGGAAAUGUGGCAUCCUAUGACGGUGCCACGUUGAAAGUCACUGAGCUCUUCAGUAAGGCCAUUCUACUGCCAAUGUUUGUCUAUGGAGAUUGCAUGGCUGUGUGCUCGAUUUUAUACACCUGUCAGCAACGGGUGUGGCUGAAAUAGACGAAUCCACUAACUUGAAGGGGUGUCCACAUACUUUUGUAUAUAUGGUGUAUUUUACAUAGUAAUACAUAUUGUACAUACAUCAUCAAUCAAUAUAAAGAAGUAGAAAAUAUUGGUUCUGUCCAUUUGAAAUGUAAGCAUUUUAAUUUGUUGCUCUCUCUUUGUUUACUGAUGCACACUAAAUGUCACCAUAAUCCUUUAGGGAUACAUCCUAAAUGGCACCCUAUUCCCUACACAGUGCACUACUUUUGACCAGGGCCAGCCUAGGUUACUGUUCUGAACAGAUUCUCCUCGCUUUCCUUUGCAAUGUAGAGUGUAAAACAGAACGUUAUUGUAAUCCUGGGUGUUGUUGUCUUUCCCUUGCAGAGUACGGGCGUUUCGAGGCCAAAAUCCAUGAUCUGCGGGAACAGAUGAUGAACCAUAGCAUGAGCUCUGGGUCCGGAUCCCUCCGAACCAAUCAGAAACGCUCCCUUUACGUCAGGUGGGUCUCUUUUGGACUCAGUAAAAGUCAUCCUGAGUAGAUGGCAUUUAACGUAAUAAUUAUAUAAUAGCAUGUCUCCCUCUGUUACCCUCACAGGGCACUGUUUGACUAUGAGAAGGCCAAAGACAGUGGACUCCCUAGCCAGGGCCUCAGCUUCAGGUAUGGGGACAUCCUCCACGUCAUCAACGCCUCAGACGAUGAAUGGUGGCAGGCCCGGAGGGUGACCCCUGAUGGGGACAGCGAAGAGAUGGGGGUCAUCCCCAGCAAGAGGAGGUGA